AUGAAUUCUUUUGUGUAUAAUAUAUUAUGUUUUGUGUUAAUUUAUAUCGGUAGUAUUCAAUUAGAAGCGUCUAGUUUAUGUGCUGGUAAAAAUGUCACUAGCCAGCCUGUUAUUGAUUAUUGUCAUUCGCAACAUGGUUAUUUCAUUUUUCGAUGUUGUCGUUCAAAUGAUAAUGAAACAUUUGUGGCUAUUGAUUUGAUGGACCUAAAUUUAACUCAAGUUCCUGAUUUUACACAGUUUGCUAAUCUUAAUUUAAGUGUAGUUGAUCUUCGUUCAAAUCCUGAACUAAAACCUUCGAAUGACAAUGAUUUUCUCACUUUAACAUAUCUUGAUCAACUCUUUCUACCGGAAGAUUUUCCUUGCCCAGGCGAAGAGAAAGUAUGGGAAAUAGUUAAUCACACAGCUGAUCCUAUAGGAAAUAGUUGUUUGGGUCAAAAAAAUUUUUGUAUAAAUUCAACAGACAAAUGUUUUGAAAAAGAAUCAACUUGUAAUACGAAUGGACCUAAUCAUUUUUUGUGUUUAUGUAAAGGUGAUUAUCAUGGUUAUAAAUGUUUAAGAAAUGGAAAAUUUCCGGCUAUUGCAUUUUUUGUUUCAACCAUAACUGUAACUGUUCUUCUAAGUUCUUUUCUUUAUUGGACGCAACGGCGACAUGUUAAAUAA